UCAGGCCGUAUUCCUUAGUGCUUCGUCAUCACGCACGGUAUGUCCGCUCCCGGACUACAGCCACCCGCCGAAAUCACUGCCGAAUGGACCGUUCAUGCACAGCUCACGCUUUCCUCGACCACUCCCACCAGCGACAACAACAGACGCCCUUCGGAUGUUCCUCCGCCCACGUCUUCGGCGGAGGGAUGCACCGAGGGCCAUCAGCCGCCUGGCCCUCCAGGACCCAAUGCUACCUCGCCUGAUAUUCGGGGAGGUGGACCCGAUUCAAAUAUUACCCCUUCUCCUAACCUUCUUGCGCCUCCAUCAUCAUCCUCGUCCAGUGCAGUCGGGAAUCCAGUAAAGGUUGUUUAUAAAUUUAGCACGACUGACCAUCCCUUGCAGCAGAAACAGUCCACCGUGUCCUCCACGGCAGUGCCGAGCGGUGGUAAGAGUAGCGUUAUUUUUAACACCGAUCCAUCAUCACCUUCCUCACCGGUUGCGCUCGCUCAGACGCCGACCGGUGACGGACCGCCACCUCCGGGUGCAGAAAGUGUGGCCCAGCUUUUCCCCAAAUGUACCAGCACCUGCAGCAUUGUACUGACUGCCUGCACGGAUCUCUUACCAACGACCGACACACUACCUAUCAUCGUCAACAAAUGUGAAUCCACCAACAAUAUCGUUGUGGAUAAAAGCACCAAUUUCCCCGAGAAGUCCGCUAACAAUUCCAAGGAUGUAAGCUGUCAGACGAGUGAUUGGGAAACAAACAGCAAGAAAGAGGACAAGGAAGUUGCUACUACUACAGGGUCGGUGAAGCGUCGAGGAGUGUCUCAAAAGUCCACCACCGAUGCGUGUCUUCUUUCGCCGCCCCCGAGAAGACGGGGUGAGGAUAGAUUCGAUUCGCUCACUCGCAAAUCGGUCUCACCGCUCAUCAAUCCACUCGUCUCACCAAGUAACACGAUCCGCUCCCAGCAAUCAAGCGUGCGGGAUACCUCGGCAGCUAAGAAGAAACCACGCACGGUACACAUCGAUGUGUACUGUACUGGUUCCGAUGCGGAAUCUGGGUCCGAGUGUGGCUCCUGCUGUUCAUCCAAUGAGGGCGCCAAAUCACUUCCAUCGUCCGGGGCUUCGUCUUCUUCGUCUCAUUCGUCUGUCUCGUCGGGCAGCCGAUUCGACACGAGCCAUAUGAUGGAACUGAAGGCGGCAGCUUCGAAUCCGAACAUCGAUCCUGCGCAUCCGACUGUGUACGAAUCGGAAGAGAUGCGAGUGCGCCACAAGCGUGCCGGAAAGCAUGAAGUUCCUAGGCGUUUGAUGCAGCAAACUAUCGAUCAAAACACGCUUUCCACCAUCGGCAGUCUAAAGAGGACUGACUCUGCACGGCCUGGACGUCCCAGGAGGAACACGGCGACCGAUGAGAUCAAUGAAUCGAAGCAAAUCCUCUUUAGCAAACAUCUCGGAGAAGUUCCUCCGCAACAGCACGAGGAGCAGAUACAGGAAGCAUUCAACACGUACUUCCGGCGAGAUGUGAGUGAUGAUGCGAUCAGUUCCAACUAUGCCGUCUCAGCUGAUCGAUCGACACGUCGUGACGUUACCGGAAGUAGUCUCUCGAGUGCUUUCGCCUGCGGUGGAUUCUACGAGGACGAUGAGGAUGGUGAAGCACGCAAACUGAACCGUAGUGGAACUACCGCUACCCAGUCGGACAGUUUCGAGUACGACAACAGCGAGGAUCGGUAUCGUAUCCACGAGAUGGAGCGUGUUUGGAAGCAGCAGCACUGGAAAUCGCCUUCGGUCGAAAGGAGACUACUGCAGAUGCAUAAUCCUCCGAUCAUCCGAUCGUCCUGUCAGAGCCCCGAAUCGGAGCACAACUUGACCGAGUCGGAUCAUAGCUUUGUGUACGAUGAGGCACCACAUCCACAUCACGCCUCCAAUCCGUCCCUGAACGAGUACAGUGACUCAAGCCCUUCCACCGUCAAGAGUGCGUCGCAGAGGGUGUCGGAUGGGCCGCAUCGAUCGAUGCUGCUUCAGCAACAAGCCGUCCUUGCUGCAACGCUGCUGCAAAAGCGAGAGUUUUCCCCGGUGGAAGGUUACACCGACGAGUACCUGGCGAUCGCAAGACGCUUUGGUAGUCUUAUUACGGGUCGACGGAAGCCCGGCACUCACAUGGGUCCGGUUCGUAACCCAGAGUGUCCGUGUGAGCACUGUCGGCGUUGGGUGUUGGAGCGUGACUCGGGUGGAAAUGGAAGUGUGCUGCGUGAGCGAGCCCUUUCGGUGGAUGCUACGGGUGCACCGAACGGUAUCGUCGAUAUGCGCCGACAGUUCCACCUGAGAAACACCAAUGUCCGCGAAACCCAGCCAAUCCAGAAGGAUGCCUUUGAAGAGCAUUUUAAGCAUUAGUUCUAUUCAUGUACUACUUCUUGUUCAGUGUGUCAUGCCAACUGUAGAUU